AUGAUAAUAGGCGCCAUAUUUGGCAACAUCUUGGUAUGCCUAGCCGUCAUACUGGUGAAAAAACUUCAGACCCCAUCCAACCUGCUGAUUGUCAGCCUCGCUAUUUCAGAUCUCCUGGUUGCAAUUCUGAUCAUGCCGCCAGCGCUUAUGCUCGAAAUGACCGGAAGUUGGCAGCUAGGUCCAGUGAUGUGCGAUGUUUGGACCUGUUUGGAUGUUUUACUAUGUACGGCUUCUAUCUUGAAUCUUUGCUUCAUCAGUAUCGAUCGCUACCUGGCCAUAAUAAGACCAUUGAGGUACGCCAGUAAGCGGACGCUGACCUGGAUGCUACUGAUGGCCGUGAUGGUAUGGAGUUUAUCUGGCAUCAUCAGCAUUCCACCGCUGUUUGGCUGGAGAAGCGAGCAUGAAGAUGGUCAGUGUCAGGUCAGUCAGUCAAUCGGCUACCAGCUAUACGCCACGUUCGGAGCCUUCUACCUUCCCCUCUGCAUCAUGGUCUUCAUAUACUAUCGUAUCUAUCAGGUGUCAAAGAGACUACGCAUGUCCGAACGUCUUUCUUAUGACGUCAACAUGAUGAGAGCCAAUAGGAAGACGCAUUUUCCCGAGUGGUCACGUGAUAAGAAGAACUCGAAAGCCGGUAGGUCGUGUGGUGCCGACCCGACAACACCACUGCAGGCAUCGAGACUCCAGCAUGGAGUUCCCGACGCCAGCAACCAAAAUGAAAGUAAAACUCGGAAUGAUAGCGUCCAGAGCAGUCUUUAUAAGGACGACCCACAAAAUCGUAACUACUCGCGACAACAAAGCGACAAAAACACUCGGCAUCAUAUUGGGUUCCUUCAUUGUAUGCUGGUUGCCUUUCUUUCUUCUCGCCAUCAUUCGUCCAAUUUCACGUUUUUAUGGUUGGGCUACCUGAAUAGCCUAACUAACCCAAUCAUAUACGCCAUGUUCAACCGAGACUUCAGAGGACCUUUCAAAAUUAUUUUAUCCUACCGAAAAAUGUUGCCGUAA